AUGCCCCCGACGUCAGGUGAUACAGUGCCAUCUGUCACUCUGAAUGUCUCUAGCGACGCUUCUCUCUAUGGCGGUGGUGUCGUGAUCUGCCGGCAGUUACCUGAUGGCGGUGAUGAGACAGUCCUGGUCGACGCUCUACGUUUUAGUCCACGGCAGACCUUCUACAGCUCGAAUAGGAGAGAGCUUCUGGUGUGUCUGCAGGCGCUCCGGGCGUUAUCUUCGCUAUUGGACUUUGUAAGGUCGGCAGCGACUGCUCAAGACCGUGGUCUACGGCUCAAAGUCAACUUUGUGUCUGAUAACUCCUCAUCGGUUUCCUGGAUUGGUAACCCCGAGGCGGUCCUCCGCCUCCAGUCGUCCAAGGCCUUGGAGAAGAGAGCUGUCGCCCGACUCGUCGACGCUAUUAGCCUCGAGCUUGAUGCUAUCCGCAAGGUCUGUGGCAAAGACAACUUUAGUGUCUCACAUGUCAGCGGGGAGGCCAAUGUCCUAGCUGAUAAGGAGAGUCGGCGGCUCGACCGUGUGGUCGCGGACUCAGGAGGUCGGUCGUUGGGAUCGCUAACCUCCUACUCUAAGACUGAUGGCGUCAGAGUGGCUGAGAUCGCCAACAACACUGCCAACGACGACCUCUGCUGCAGCAUGACGGAUUUGAGCGGGCCCACCACCUCUUGUGGGUUCUGUUCCACACUGACCGAUGACAUCAUUCAGGCGGAUGAUAUUUCAUUAGAGUCCGACUACUUCAAUUCUCACCGGUCGGUUAUAUCCCUCCGAGAUUAUUGUUGCCUGGUCAAGGAAGAUACUGACUCUCAAGUGGAGGUUAUCUCGGGUUCACUUUGGGGGCGACUUACUCGCUCAGUCACAGGUUGCAGACAGCAGGCUGACAAUGCCGCGGUGGAGGAUGCUAUCUUCAUCGUUCGUGACUCUCUUUAUGUAGCAUCGCAAGAAGCCUGCGUGAGCAACCCCGAACCACUUGUGGAGAUCCUAGCACGCGAGGCCUGGGACUUGGACGCGGUACUUCAGAUGAUCAGCCUUCUCCGGGGCGUGCUCCGGGUCCUAUGGCUCAACCGGCGAUGCGGUGCUCAGGGCUCGACAAUCCAAUUCAACCUCUUCCGCUUGUGGAAUGACGACGAUGUCCUUGCCGCCGCCCAUUCGGCUCAGGGGGGAGGUGAGGUCAGCCACGCCAGUAGACCAGCUGCUGCCUCACCCCUACAGCCCUGUGGUAGCGCCGCUAUCAAGGACGUCACAACUCACAGAUGUGGUCUUCCUAGUGGAGAGGUUAUCUUUCAACCGGUGAUACCGAGCACUGCUCCUCGCUUCGCUCGAAAGAUCGUCCUGUCGGCUCAUCGGUCCUGUAAGCAUGGUAACCUCCCCUUCACCGUCGGCUCUAUCAAACUCUACCAUCUCCCUUCUGCGAUACGCCUAUGUAAAGAGAUACUGGCAAACUGCUUGGCGUGCCGUAUCAUACGAGCUUCCCGCACGUGGAGUGCUCCCAGUGGUGUACUCGCCGACGAGGACGCCACAGUAGAGGAUAUGUUCAGGAGUCCGCCUUACACCUACGCCACUUGUGAUGUGUUGUCUGUAGGGGAUGGGUGUAAGCUGCUUACUGUACAAUGCCGGGCAAGCCGCCAUAUCUGUUGGAAGCACAUCGAGCAUGAGGACACAAAAUCUGUCGUGGAGGCCCUAAAGAGAGUGAGGAGGUCCGUGGGAGGGCUCCGGUAUCUAUAUGCUGACCAGGCAAGCUACCACCGGUCCCCUGUUUUCCGGCAACGACUGCGUGAUGAACUCGGUUGUGAGCUCACCUUAUUGCCACGCCAUGCGCCGUGGUGUGGUGCCAACGAGAGGCAUCAUGGGGUAGCGCUGGAUAUGCUGAAGCAGCUCCUGAGGCAUGAUGCCGGAAGAAUCAGCAAACUAUCUGGAGUGGAGCGCCAGGAUGUAUAUGACCAAGUGACCUUACUUCAUAAUGGUAUGCCUAUCGGUGUGUACGCGCUCCAGGGAUCCGGUGAAGUCCCCGUCACUCGUGACAUGUUAUGUAUGGGAUAUACGAGGUUGGAUUCCUGUUCCACUUCUUCCCAGGUGAAACCGUCGCUACCUUGGGUGCCAUAUAAUGCAUAUGCGAAGGCCCGUAACGUCUAUCUGAGUCACAUGUGGUCUCAUAUUAAGAAGAAGAACAGCCGACUGCAUCCUCUGCCCAAGACCGAUGAUUCUCACCUCUACUUCCCCGGUGCGCCCGUGCUUGUAUAUAAUGGUAGCCCCCGCAAGUUAGCACCUGCUUUCGGCUUGGCUCACGUCCGUGAACGCUUAAGUGCUCACCGAGUUUCUGUGGUCCACACCAAUGGUACGGUGACGGUUGAGAAUCUUCGGAACGUGACGGCGAUCUACCGAUGCCAACGUGACUCCAGUUCACCCCCAUAUGUCGGUGCCUCCCUGCUUCAUAUGCCUCUCAGGGUCUGGAUUCUCGACAAAAAGGGUAGUGGCGAUUGGUACUAUGGCCGAGUCGUGGAUCAUAUUGGUGAGGACGAAGUACUUAUCAGUUGGGAUCGUCGUAACCCAGAUGACAGCGAGUGGUUGCGGUUGUGGCAAGAGAAGUGGGAACCCUUUCCUGAUUCCGGUGAUGUUACACCGUAG